AGUCCACGAUCUUAGCUUAAAACCCGCCUUAUAUUUAUUUCUUUCCUGGUCUUUAAGCUAUCAUUUUUCAGGCUGCAAAUCUGCAUCUCUAUAGCUGCCCUUAUAACAUCAACUGGUAUAGAUAAUGGAGGAAGGAAAACGAAAGGCUAAUAUGGCAGAUAAGAAAAUGAGUAGUAAAGAUAUUGGAAGCAUUGUUAAGAAGAAUAAAAAUGGAUCUAUAAGCUCCAUUUUCAUGCAUGCCGAUGGUGUAGAUAUGUGUUUGAUGGCUGUAGGCUUCAUUGGAGCUGUUGCAGAUGGCACUGUUGCACCCUUGAUUAUAUAUUUGACUGGUCGCAUGUUUAACAGUGUUGGUGGUGCUAAUGAAGCUUCAUCUGUUGGUAUUCUCGUCCACAACGUUCGCCAAGUUGCUCUGUAUGUUGUUCUGAGUGCAUGUGGGGGAUGGGCUGGGUCCUUCCUAGAAGGAUUUUGUUGGACAAGAACAGGUGAAAGACAAGCUACGAGAAUGAGAACAAGGUAUUUGAAAGCUGUUCUAAGGCAAGAUGUAGGCUACUUUGAUUUGAAUGUAACAAGCACAGCUGAAGUAGUCACAAGUGUUUCCAAUGACAGUCUCAUAAUUCAAGAAGUUAUUAGUGAGAAGGUCCCAAACUUAAUAGCAAGAGGUUCUACAUUUAUUGGAACUUACAUAGCAGCUUUUCUGAUCCUAUGGAGACUAGCCCUUGUGAUUUUCCCUUCUGUUUUGUUGUUGGUGGUUCCUAGUUUAAUAUAUGGGAAGAUUUUACUAGGUCUUGCAAGGAAGAUUAGGGUGGAGUACAAUAAGGCCAGCACAAUAGUAGAACAGGCAAUAUCUUCCAUAAGGACAGUUUAUGCCUUUGUUGGUGAAAACAAAACCACAACUGAAUUCUCUGAAGCUCUACAAGGAUCCUUGAAGUUAGGGUUGAGGCAAGGGCUGGCUAAAGGCUUGGCCAUUGGAAGCAAUGGCAUCACUUUUGCUAUUUGGGCUUUCAUUACCUACUAUGGUAGCAGAAUGGUCAUGUACCAUGGAGCUCAGGGAGGAACUAUUUUCAUAGUAGGCACCUGCAUUGCUACUGGUGGACAACAACUUGGUACUAGUUUAUCCAACCUGAAGCCUUUAUCUGAAGCACGUUCAGCUGCCGAACGAAUAAAUGAAGUGAUAAGAAGAACCCCAAAAAUAGAUGCGGAUAACAUGGAAGGGGAAAUUUUGGAUAAUAUUUUAGGAGAAAUUGAAUUCAAGCAAGUAGAGUUUGCAUACCCUUCAAGGCCUGAGAGCAUAAUUUUCAAGAACUUUUGUCUCAAAAUUCCUGCAGGAAAGACUGUGGCCUUGGUGGGUAGUAGUGGAUCAGGAAAAUCAACUGUGAUAUCAUUGUUGGAAAGGUUUUAUGACCCACUUGAAGGGGAAAUACUUGUUGAUGGGGUUUCUAUUAAUAAAUUGCAGCUCAAGUGGUUAAGGUCACAAAUGGGGUUGGUGAGUCAAGAGCCUACAUUGUUUGCAACAACCAUUAAAGAGAACAUACUUUUUGGAAAGGAGGAUGCUGGAAUGGAAGAGGUUAUUGAAGCUGCUAAAGCUUCCAAUGCCCAUAACUUCAUUUCUCAGUUGCCUCAAGGAUAUGACACCCAGGUUGGUGAAAGAGGGGUUCAAAUGUCUGGUGGACAGAAACAACAAAUUGCUAUAGCAAGAGCCAUGAUUAAAGCACCCAAAAUCCUCCUACUAGAUGAGGCAACAAGUGCAUUAGACUCUGAAUCUGAACGUAUUGUGCAACAAGCUCUUAACGAGGCCUCCGUUGGACGCACAACUAUCAUCGUUGCACAUCGUCUUUCUACCAUUAGACAUGCAGAUUUAAUUGUUGUCGUCAAAGAUGGUCAGGUCAUGGAAAUGGGGUCACAUGAUGAAUUAAUGGUCAACGAAAAUGGCUUCUAUCCCAUGCUAGUGCAACUUCAACAAACAGAACAAGUAAAAGUCCAAAACAAAGGAAAUAAAGAUUUAUCUACGAAUAAUUCCGCUUACAUAACAAACACGGAAAUCAAUAUUACAAGCAGUCGUAGACUUUCUUUACCCAGUCGGACAAGUUCAGCCAACUCUGUAGCACCAGAUCAUGCUUCACUAGUUGGAGAAAUGAAUGUUGAGGAUAAAAAAACAUCUGCACCAUCUUUCAGGAGAUUGUUGGCCUUGACUUUACCAGAGUGGAAACAAGCUACUCUGGGAUGCUUAAGCGCAAUUUUAUUUGGUGCAGUGCAACCACUUUCAGCCUUCACAAUGGCGUCAAUGAUAUCAAUAUUUUUUCUCACAGAUCAUGGUGAAAUUAAAGAAAAGAUAAAGGUUUAUGCUCUGAGUUUCCUUGGGCUUUCGUUGUUUUCUUUGAUAAUAAAUAUUAUCCAGCAUUACAAUUUUUCUUACAUGGGAGAGCACUUGACAAAGAGGAUAAGAGAGAAGAUGCUUUCAAAGGUGUUGACUUUUGAAGUUGGGUGGUUUGACCAAGAUGAGAAUUCCAGUGGCACUGUUUGUGCUAGGUUAGAGAAAGAUGCUACUGUGGUGAGAUCUUUAUUUGGUGAUGGAGUGUCUCUUCUUGUGCAAACCAUCUCGGGUGUAACUAUAGCUUGUGCGAUGGGCCUAUUCAUUGCGUGGAGACUUGCCAUUGUCAUGAUUGUUGUCCAACCGCUCAUCAUCCUUAGCAUGUACACUCGGAUGGUUAUUCUUAAAAAAAUGUCUGUGAAAGCCAGAAAAGCACAAGAAGAAAGUAGCAAGCUUGCUGCAGAGGCAGUUUCCAACCACAGAACUAUUACUGCCUUCUCAUCUCAAGAUCAAAUCAUGAAAAUGUUGCAAGCAGCCCAAGAAGUUCCAAGAAAAGAGAAUGUUAGACAAUCUUGGUUUGCAGGUCUAGGACUUGGUUCAGCUCAAUUUCUUACUGCUUGUAUUAUGGCCUUUGAUUUUUGGUAUGGUGGAAAACUCAUAUCUCAAGGAUAUAUCACUGCUAAAGCCCUUAUUGAAACAUUCCUCAUUUUGGUUAGCACCGGCCUUGUAAUUGCUCAAGCUGCAAGCAUGACAUCGGACAUGGCCAAGAGCGCUGAGGUUGUUAGAUCUUUGUUUGCGAUAUUAGACCGCUGCACAAGGAUUGAACCUGAUGAAUCUAGUGGUUACCUUGCACAAGAAAUUACAGGAUGUGUAGAAAUCUGUGAUGUUGAGUUUGCAUAUCCGGCUCGACCUAAUGUGAGCAUUUUGAAAGAUUUCUCAAUUAGCAUAGAAGCCGGGAAAUCAACAGCACUGGUGGGACAAAGUGGGUCUGGUAAAUCAACCGUCAUUAGUUUAAUUGAGAGAUUUUAUGAUCCUGUAAAAGGAGUUGUGAAGAUUGAUGGUCGAGAUAUAAAGUCUUACAACCUAAGGUCAUUGAGGAAACACAUAGCACUUGUUAGUCAAGAACCAACACUAUUUUCUGGCACAAUAAGGGAAAACAUUCUAUACGGAGCACCUGAUAAAAUCGAUGAGUCCGAAAUCAUUGAGGCAGCCAAAGCAGCAAAUGCACAUGAUUUCAUAGCAGGUCUAGUAGAUGGUUAUGAUACCCGGUGUGGAGACAGAGGUGUGCAACUAUCUGGGGGCCAGAAGCAACGGAUCGCCAUAGCCAGAGCCAUAUUGAGGAACCCAGCAAUGUUAUUGUUAGAUGAAGCAACCAGUGCACUUGACAGUAAAUCUGAGAAAGUGGUGCAAGAGGCAUUAGAGCGAGUGAUGGUGGGAAGAACUAGUGUUGUUGUUGCACAUAGGCUAAGCACCAUUAAAAACUGUGAUCUUAUUGUUGUGUUAGACAAAGGGAAGGUGGUGGAGAAAGGCAACCAUUCAUCUUUGUUAGCCAAGGGUCCAACAGGAGCUUACUACUCUUUGAUUAAUCUUCAAAGUAGAGCACAUAAUUCUACUUAGUCAUUCAAAUAUGUUGGUGUAUUUUAGAUGAAAGUUCGAAUCAAGAAUUUCUGAUAUUAUGAAAA